UAUCGCACUUGUAACAGAAUAAACAGAUUAGGCGACCGACAGUCUGUCGGUUUGACAGUAAUGAAAUGGAUACAGCGGAAGAUGUUGUAACAUCGAUAAACAUUAAAGAAGAACCUGAGGACAUUGAGGAUUUCACACCUACAGAAUUAUGUGAACCCAGCUGGGAGUGCUCUGAGAAAAAUGAAGGUGACACAGCGGAGGAAAUACCUGAACCCAAGUGGAAAUGCUCUGAGAAAAUUGAAUGUGACACCGAGGAGGAAACAGCUGGACCCAAAGGAGUGACCUUUGUUCUGCAGGAAGAAUUGGAGCGUCCCGCUGCUGUCUAUCUUGAGCCUUUAGAGAAUACUGAAGAAGAUAGUAAGAAUAAUAAGUUUCUUGACUUGAAAUCCAUAAAUCGAGUAUUACCUAGGGUUGUGCACUCUCUCUCUGGCGAAAAGCUUUUCCAGUGUUCCAUCUGUGAGAAGAACUUCAAUAAAAGAGGAAAAUUUCGUGAACACAUGCGCACUCACACGGGUGAAAAACCUUUUCAGUGUUCUGUGUGUUUGAGAAACUUCAGUCAAAGUGGAUCAUUGCAUGUGCACAUGCGCACUCACACUGGUGAAAAACCUUUUCACUGUUCCAGCUGUGAUAAAAGCUUCAAUCAUAAAGCAACAUUACAUGAGCACAUGCGCAUUCACACUGGAGAAAAACCUUUUAAGUGUUCUAUCUGUGAGAAGACCUUCAGGAUUAAAGGUAAUUUACAUGGGCACAUGCGCAUCCAUACUGGAGAAAAACCUUUUCAAUGUUCUGUCUGUGAAAAGAACUUCAGUGAAAGAGGUAAAUUACAUGCGCACAUGCGCACCCACACUGGGGAAAAGCCUUUUCAAUGUUCCAUCUGUGAGAGGAGAUUUGGUAAAAAAGGAACUUUACAUGGGCACAUGCGCACUCACAAUAGUGAAAAAACUUUUCAGUGUUCUAUCUGCUCAAAGUUUUUCAGUAUUAAAAGAACAUUACAGGAUCACAUGCGCCUGCACACUGGCGAAAAGCCUUUUCAAUGUCCGAUCUGUCAGAAGUGCUUCACUAAAAAAGGGACUUUAAAUUGGCACAUGCGCACCCAUAAUGGAAAAACCUUUUAGUGUGAUCUGUUGAAGUGUUCAUCUGUGAAACAAACUUCAGUGUUUAAGAAACAUUAUGUAGGCAGGUGCACACACUUAGGUGAAAACUCUUUCAGUGACUUUGAGAGGAGAGCUGUACUGUUAUAACAACUUAUUAAUUUAUAUACUACUCUGGUGAAGAACUUUUGAGAUUAAUUAUCUGAAAUAAAGAGAGAAUCUAUUAAACACUUU